AGUUCGCCCGGUGUCUAGGUCGAGGCCGGGGCGGUGAGCCUGAGUUGGGUCCCGGUGCUUGGAGGCGGUGGACUCUUUCCCCCGCUUGUCCUCUCUCCGGACCCCGGAGAAACCCGCUCCCAGUCAUGCUGAUCAGAGCAUGGAAGCAGCUGACUAUGAGGUGCUGUUGGUGCGGGAGCAGCUGUUCCACGAACGCGUCCGGGAGUGCAUAAUCUCCACACUGCUGUUUGCAACGCUUUAUAUCCUCUGCCACAUCACUCUGACCCGAUUCAAGAAGCCAGCUGAUUUUACCACAGUUGAUGAUGAAGACGCCACAGUCAACAAGAUUGCGCUUGAGCUCUGCACAUUUACCUUGGCGGUGGCCCUGGCUGCAGUCCUGCUCCUGCCCUUUUCCAUCCUCAGCAAUGAAGUGCUGCUUUCCCUUCCCCGAAACUACUAUAUCCAGUGGCUCAAUGGCUCCCUCAUCCAUGGACUCUGGAACCUUGUCUUUCUCUUCUCUAAUCUGUCCCUUGUCUUCCUCAUGCCCUUUGCCUACUUUUUCACUGAGUCAGAAGGCUUUGCUGGCUCAAAGAAGGGGGUCCUGGGCAGGGUAUAUGAGACAGUGGUGAUGCUGCUGCUCUUGUCACUGCUGGUGCUAGGCAUGGUGUGGGUGGCCUCUGCCAUUGUGGACAACAGCAAGACCAGCCGGGAGUCUUUGUAUGAUCUCUGGGAGUAUUAUCUUCCCUACCUCUAUUCCUGCAUCUCCUUUCUUGGUGUAUUGCUCCUUUUGGUGUGUACACCACUGGGCCUGGCCCAAAUGUUCUCUGUCACUGGAAAACUACUGGUCAAGCCCAGGCUGCUGGAGGACCUGGAAGAACAGCUGCAUUGCUCAGCCUUUGAGGAGGCAGCUCUAACCCGAAGGAUGUGUAACCCCACUUCGUGCUGGCUGCCCCUGGACGUGAAGCUGCUGCACAGACAGGUCGUGACCCUGCAGACACAGAGACUCAUGCUGGAGAAACGACAGAAGGCCUCUGCUUGGCAGCGAAACCUGGGUUACCCACUGGCUAUGCUAUGUCUGCUGUUGCUGACGGGCCUCUCUGUGCUUAUUGUUGCCAUCCACAUCCUGGAAUUGCUCAUUGAUGAGGCAGCCAUGCCCCGUGGCAUGCAGGGUACGUCCUUGGGCCAGGUGUCUUUCUCCAAGCUGGGCUCCUUUGGUGCUCUCAUCCAGGUUAUCCUCAUCCUUUACCUGAUGCUGUCCUCUGUUGUGGGCUUCUACAGCUCUCCAUUGUUCCGAGGCCUUCAACCCAAACGGCAAGAUACAGCCAUGACCCAGAUCAUUGGGAACUGUGUCUGUCUCCUGGUGCUGAGCUCAGCCCUUCCUAUUUUCUCUCGUACACUAGGGCUUACCGGCUUUGACUUGCUGGGUGACUUUGGGCGUUUCAAUUGGCUGGGAAAUUUCUAUAUUGUAUUCCUAUAUAAUGCGGCCUUUGCUGGCCUUACCACCCUUUGCCUGGUCAAGACUGUCACUGGAGCAGUUCGGGAUGAGCUCAUCCGGGCCUUUGGUCUUGAUAGACUACCACUACCUGUCUCUGGAUUUCCACGUCAGCACAGCAAGACUCAGCUCCAGUGACCUUGAUCUUAGAGAGUUGGGUAGAAGGGAGAAGACUGGAUACCACCAGGCUUGGAGCAGAGUCCUGGGGGGACUGGGUGCUUUUCAAGGCCUGAAAUUUUUUUGUGUGUGGGGAGGAGUUGGAGGGUAGCUAAAGACCUUUGCCCUGCUGUAUAAUCUGAGCCAAAGUUUGGGGGCCCAUUUCUUUUCGCUCCCCCUCCCCCCCUUACCAACCCCUUUCAGAAAAAUAUGGGCCCCUGGCUAGAAGGCUGGGUAUCUGCAACUAGCUCCUAGCCUCACCUCCGUUUACAUAUUAAUCUGCCUCAUUAUAGUCCUGGGCACUGCCCCUGGCCAUGUUUACAUGAUCUUAUGUGCAAUAGGGGAGGGAAGGAGUUGGGAAGUGGAAAAAGAAUGGGGAGACAGACCAUUUCCCGGGAACACUUGGCCUUAGCCCUCUGUUGUCCUGCCCCUAGCAGAGCAGAGCCCUCCCUAGGGCCUCUUUCGACUACCUGGGACCUGGGAUGGAUGAGGUCAGGAAGGUCUGUUCCCUCUCAAGAUAAAGAUCCUUCCCUGUCUUCUUUCUCUCCCCCUAUUUUUCCCUCCCCCAAAUAAAGUUGUUCUUGUGGGUUCUU